AGAAGUAAAAGAAGACAGUCAUCAUAAUUAAUUAAAUUAACUAAAAUAAAUACUUCACUUCAAUUUAGAGACGCUUCUAUGAAUAAAGAAAUAAUCUUUAAAAGAAAAAUCCACUUAUCUCUUAAUCACAGCUAUUAUAAAAUUUCACAGCUGGAGCGUUUCUAAUUGCUUUGAUUAGAUAAUAGCUUUUGCUGCAUACAUAUGUAUGUAUGUAUACAACAGAAAACGUAAAAUACAAAUUAGCAAGUGCCAAUACCAUCUGAUAACAGAAUUUCAAAGGAAAUGCGAGUUCUUAAUUAAAUUAGUAAAUAAAUAAAUGAAAAUAAAUCGAACGUAAGUGCGUUUUAUUUUAAAAAGCAAAAUUAUCGCGCUUCAAACUUUGAAUGAUCAGUUGUUGACGAAACCCCGAAGUAGUUAGAAAGCAUGAUUCUUCAGCGUUCGAUAAUUUUUACUUUGGCUCUUUUUAGCCAAUAUAUUGUCGGUUUAACCUCGCCGGAAACUUUAAUUAGUGGACGAGUUGUGGGAGGAGUUGCUGCAUCAACUAACGCAGCACCUUAUAUUGUUUCGCUCCAACAAGGAGGUGUGCAUUAUUGCGCUGGUAGCAUUUUAAGUGCAAAUUGGGUAGUCACCGCUGCCCAUUGCCUCGCUUCAAAGUCACAAGUUUUGAGCAGCACACUUAUCGCAGGCAGCAACAAUGUUGAUGGUACAGCAAGUACUACGCAAAAACGUACAAUCGACUGGUAUGUAACACAUGAUCUGUACACAGGCGGUACUGCACCAUACGAUAUUGGGCUCGUUUAUACUGAGACAGCUUUUCAAUGGACAACUGCAGUAAAAGCGGUAACAUUACCAUCAUCUGGAGUAGUGCCAACUGGUAACGCGAAUUUAUAUGGUUGGGGUUCUACGUCGACUACAUCUGUAGCAUCUUAUCCCGCUCAGCUACAGGUCGCCAAAAAUCUACCAAUUAUAAAUGAAUCUUCAUGCGUCGGCGCACUGGGAUCUAAAGGCGUGGAUGUUCAUUCAACGAAUAUAUGCACCGGACCGCUCUCUGGAGGCAUUGGCAUUUGUACAUCUGACUCUGGUGGCCCUCUGGUUCAAGAAAUUAAUAGGAACGCUAUAUUAAUUGGUAUUGUUUCUUGGGGGAAAAUUCCAUGUGGCCAAGCUAAUUCACCAUCUGUUUAUGUACAAGUGUCUGACUUUAUUUCAUGGAUAUCGUCCAAUAAGAAAACAUAAUU